AUGUUUCCUUUGCUUUUUGAGGGAUUUAUGGCUGGUGGCGUUGCUGCUGGUGGGCAAUUGACCACCACUACUGAAGUGGAAAAUUUCCCUGGAUUUCCAGAUGGAAUUGAUGGGCCACUUUUGAUGGAGAAGAUGAGGGCACAAUCUGAAAGACUUGGGACAAAAAUUAUUGGUGAAACGGUUACAAAGCUUUCGCUUUCUGAGCGUCCAUUUAAGGUGGAGUCUGAAUCGGGAGAUGUCUUUUAUUCCCAAUCCCUCAUUAUUGCCACGGGGGCAACGGCAAAGCGAAUGGAUAUUCCUGGAACGCGAGAUGGCGAAUAUUGGCAGAAGGGUGUUUCAGCAUGUGCAGUGUGCGAUGGCGCUUUGCCUAUAUUCCGGGGAAAGCCAGUUGCAGUUGUUGGUGGCGGCGAUUCUGCCAUGGAAGAGGCCUUGUUCUUGACGAAAUUCGCUUCCAAGGUGCAUUUAAUCCAUAGACGAGAUGAGCUUCGUGCAUCCAAAACGAUGCAGUCACGAGCCAAGGCGAAUGAAAAGAUUGAAUUUCUCUUUUCCCAUGUAAUCACCGAGGCAAAGGGAGAUUCGCUUUUGACAUCUAUUUUUGUCAAGAACUUAAAAACGGAUGUCGUUUCGGAGAUCCCCAUCUCCGGCCUGUUUUUUGCGAUUGGCCACAUUCCAAACACAAGCUUUUUAGAGCAGCAGCUAGAAACGCACCCAGACGGAUAUAUAUCCACGGUCCCUGGUACCACUCAGACGUCUGUACCUGGUGUUUUCGCUGCCGGAGAUGUUCAAGACAAGCGAUGGCGACAGGCCAUAACGGCAGCAGGGACCGGCUGCAUGGCAGCAUUGGAGGCUGAACAUUACAUCUCUACCCUUGACGAAAAUUAA